GUCACGGGAGAGGGCGUGUGGGUGGUAGGGGGCUGCUCCCUUCAGCCAGGAGGAGGAGAGGUGAGCCACAGUGCUCCGGGGUCUGACAAGGGAAGGGCAAAUUUAGGGGAUUAUCACUGCUGUGGAGAUGACAGCCCCAGGGCCCCGGGGCUGGUCUCUGGGGACUUGGACAGCAGCCCCUGUUCUGGAAUCCCCUCUACGAUCUGGGCACUGCUGGGUUCUAGAAAGCCGCCCAGCCCCUCAAGGCGGGGCCGGGACCGCAGGGUUAGCCUGGCAGCUCUGCUCACAGACAUGCCGUCUUCUGUGGAUGCGCUGAGUCCGGCCAGGCCCCUGCCUCCGGGCCUGGCCCCGAUGUCCUGCUGCUGGUCCACUGAGACCAUGCAGAAGUGGCUGCCCUUCCUGGCCUGGCUGCCCAACUACACCUGGUACGCGCUGAAGAUGGACUUCCUCGCCGGGAUCUCAGUUGGGCUCACGGUCAUCCCCCAGGCCUUGGCCUAUGCUGAGGUGGCUGGACUCCCUCCUCAGUAUGGCCUCUACUCUGCCUUCAUGGGGUGCUUCGUCUACUUCUUUCUGGGCACCUCCCGAGAUGUGACUCUGGGCCCCACCGCUAUCAUGUCCCUCCUGGUCUCCUUCUACACCUUCGGCAAGCCCGCCUACGCUGUGCUGCUGGCCUUCCUGUCAGGCUGCAUCCAGUUAGGCAUGGGGUUUCUGCGCUUAGGGUUACUGCUGGACUUCAUCUCCUGCCCUGUCAUCAAAGGUUUCACCUCGGCUGCCGCCAUCACCAUCAGCUUUGGACAGAUCAAGGUAGGCACAUGAGUUGGCCCCGUGGGCACCUGCUGGCUAGCAGGACCAAGGCGGGGUCCUGUGUGUGCUGGCCAGUCAGGCUCUUACUACUUCAGGGCCCAGAGCCUGCAGUGCUGG